CGACGUCCGAUACAUCGAGUAUAUGCCAGGGAGGGAUUAAGGAGCAUUCCGGAACCAUUUAAAGUGUUGUUCUUGUGCUACACCGACCAGUUAAAACCGUUGGACACCAAACAAUCAGAGGGCAAAGUUGUUCCACCUGCAUUAUGCCGGCGAGCAAAACCAUCAAAUAUUCAUUUUAACUUCAAGUAACGAUAAUGUGGGUCGCCAGGCGAGUUUUGUCGUCGCUGGUCAAAAGAACUCAGUAUGCGGGACAGUCCGGUUUGUUUUGCCGCCCUCAGCACGGCUCCCUCCCUGAGCUGGAGCUGCGGUACCUUCAGUGCACAUGCUGCUGGAGAAGCCGGGUUCCCGUGGCGAGCUUUGAGACCCUUAACGCUAAUCUGUCCUCCAGUAAUGAACCCUGCAAGGACGACGCGAGCAGAACGCUGGACACCUGCUACACCCCAGAGCAGCGAGACGCUAUCCUCCAGCUCCUCAACACCGCCACGCCGGGAGAGCUGGCCGGGAUAAAGCUGCUGCGAGGCCGCAAGUCCCUUAACAUUGUGGAGUACAGGACUAAAAACGGACCCUUUAAAACUCUGGAAAGUGUGGUGAAUGUUCCACUGCUAAAGCACAAAAGUGCUGUCAUUGUCUUCAACUCCAUUCUCAACCCGACGGUUAAGAAGGAGAGGAAAGUGAGGAUACAGCUGGCCAAGUUCAUCAGGCCAGAGGUCGACAAGUCUUGGUUAGAGGAUGCCAGUUCCAUAGUGUCACUCAUAUGUGGGACUAAUAAAAUUGCCUGGGCACACGUGGACCGUGGAAUGACUGUACUGGACUGGCAACAGGUGGACUGUCCGAAUUUCCUGAGGGGAACUUACAUGGCUUCUGCUUAUUUGCAUGAUGUGUCUUCAGUUGUGGCCCUCCUGCCAUCAGCAGAUUUCUACAUAAUAGAGAAAUCUUCCAUUUCAGUCCAAAACACAGCUCUGUUCCCCAUCAUGGCACACAUGAGGGCUGUGGAGGCCAUGCUUUUUGCUCUGCUGGAGCCCAAAAAUUCCCCGGCAGAAUCCAACAUUCCUCCCAGGGUUCUCAACAUGAUGAGGACUGCUGUAGGGCGCCACUUUGGACUGAUGGUGGGUGAGUCUCGAACAAGCGGGGCGCAGACAGUUCGACAGCUGAUGACAGAGUCGGUGACGCAGAAGCUUCCCAGGAUAAACUUUCCCCAGGAUCUGCUGGUGAAGUACAGGAAUUCCUUCCAGAUGGGCAGCAGAAGAGGAGGGGAGGAACUCUGUGAUGCUCUCCUUCAGGCUAUAGCUUUUUAUGAGCUGCUCAGCGACUGCUCCUGAGAGCCACUACCUGGACUGGUCACGUGCUCCAACCACACAACCAACAAACCUCAGAAAUGGCAUUCUGAGUUCUUUUGAACUUCUUUUUUCUUUGAACUUUUUGGAGGUUAAUGAUAAGUUUGAAGAAUUAAAUAUUUUUAUUGUGACUUAAAA